AUGCUGAUCGCCAUAAACGUUGGGCGCGAAAGACAGUAUGCAGUCAUUUGUCAUCUCAACUCGAUUCAACGCGACAACUGGAGCAGACAGCGAGCAGAAGCUUCUCAUAUCAGCUUACGAGUGAGCUCGUUCCUCAAACUCCCUCAUAACCGGAACAACGAGGUCGUCGCUGACUCGCACUUCUCUUGGGGAUCCAUUUCGUCAUCACAGGCAAUCGUUAAAGCAAGGGCUUGA